CAAUGGGACCACCCUCCGAGAUAUACCUUGCUAGCUCGAGCAUACAGAGUGCGACCUCGCAAUUGACUUCCUAUCCUGCAUGUCUGCACCGGCAUCUGCAGUUCUGAAUACCCUAUUGUAAAGCAAGCUCUACAACAGAAGCUGAAACCAUAACACCAACGGCCGAUCUUGGGCUUCAACCCCCAACCUCUUGACAAUGCCCGCCAGACGACCCAGAAAGGUGACGCGCGCAGCCGCGGGCCCUUCUCUCCCAACGCCGGUCCAAUCGAGUGAUACGACCCCGCUGAGCUCGGCCUAUCCGUCGACCUACCCCUCCGAGGCCGAGUUGGACCAAGAAGACGAUCUCUCCGAGGUGCCGAUCCAUACAUUGACGCUUUCCGACCAGACCGACGCUUUGGGUGAGAAUGCCGUCAGGCAGGAGCAAGAAGCGAGGAAGACGUUCCCAUUCUUGGCGUUGCCGUCAGAGCUGCGCAUUGAGAUAUAUGCGCACCACUUCGCGGAAUGCAAUCGUGUCAUCGACCUUAGCUUUGACAAUUACAAACGCAUCCACAAGAAGUUGGCGCUUUUCCGGACAUGCAGGGCCAUCUACCACGAGGCCAUGUAUUUCUUCUACAGCACACGCACGUUCCGCAUAUUCCCGACGCUGUCCGGGCGCCCGUCCACGACUAAGAAGCCCCUGCUUGCGCGACUCAAUGCUCGGCAGCGCCGGUUGAUCACGUCGCUCGAGCUGCGGCUCGGCCCCCACUGGGGCAAGCCGCCGCGCAGCUGGGUCGUGAACAAGGCACUCGGACUGGAGGACUGCGUUAAUGUGCGAAAACUCACAGUGUUCGUCGAGGUCGAUCCCAGUGAUAACAUCUUCAACGGGUUCCGCCAGGCCGAUAACUUCUACGAAUUGUUCACUAGAAACCUGCUGGACAAUGUCUUGGUGCAGAUGCCUUUUUUGCACAGCGUUCACUUUGACGCUUGGUCCAGCGUCAAGAAGUCUGGCCCCAUGAUGAGUGGCCUCCUUGCGGUGGCAGAAGCCCGCGGGAGGAGGAUCUGCUGGGGCCCGGAGAGGGGGUGGACGGAUCAUGAUGAUGACGAAGCAAUAACAGCGGCACGAAAGUAACGAAAUAAUUGUCAUUGGUUUCUUUGGGUUGGAAGACGAGCUUGAUUGUUGAUUUCACAGGGUGGGAUGAUGUAUGAUACGCCAGGAAUUUUGUUCGCAGAGACGAGCGUCGUUGUUUACUGAUGGGCAUCUCCUACUCAAGCGGAAGUUGCGGAACAAAACAAAUGGCCGAGCGGGCCUCUCUCCAUGCCAGUCACCUGAUCCCGAGCUCG